UUAUUAGCAUUCAAUUACCAAGCACAGCAGCAACAUCCACAGCAGCAACAACAACAACAGCCAUUAGCACCGCCACCACCAAAUUCGCAUUAUCAAAAUAUGCGACAACCGCCACCUUCGGGAUUCAUGCCGCAAUUUCCUCCUCCAGCAAUGCAAAGUCCUGCUAUGUUUUACCCGCCACCAAUCUUUGUGGAUGAAGAGUUUCGCGCACGAUUAAUACUCGCACUUAAAUCCAGCCUACCAAACGAAAUCGAUUGGGCAUUCAACACACUUGUCAAAAUCUCGUUCAAUUUCGACGCGCUCACACUCGAUUACAUGCCGAUAUUACUCGACAUCCUUGUUGACUUUGCCGAACCAUUUUACAGAGAACACGUUGAACCCGCACUCGAAUACAAAGUCAACAACAAGAACAACAACAACAUAAUACCCGAACAACAACAAGAACAACAGUAUCUUCGAAUCAGUCCUAGUAUGUUUUCCAGCAAACGGAACCAAGAAAUGCUCGAACGUGUACUCCAAGUUUUUCACAUUCUACGAAACUUUUCAUUCCUGGAAGCCAACGUACGACGCAUCGCACAUCAACCACGACUACGUCAAAUGCUAAUGAUGGGGAUUGCAUUACCUCCAGACUCGCCGUUUGCUGAAUUGAGUCGCCAUUGCUUGGAUAUUUUGGAGAAUAUCGCGCCUCAGGUGAUUGUCAAUGGCCCAGCUGAUCCAUACAUUGUGACCAUGAUUUUCCUGCUAUCCACCAACGACCGAGCCCUGAUCUUGGGCGCCAUCCGGUCCUUAACACGUGUGGGUGUGACAGAAGUCAAUGAACGUGUGUUGGGCACAGGCAAUCCUGAAAUCAUCCAACGCAUGGCACAGUUAUUACUUGUGGAUGACGAAGAAAUGGCUGCUGCGACGCUGGAGUAUUUCUAUCAAUGCUCUAGUUUAAAUGGUAACUUUGCGACGGUGCUGGUCAAGCAUUACCCCGGUAAUCUCAUUGGGUUGUUGACCGGUUACUUGUCGUACAAGUCUGUUUUGGCGCCCAGAUCCUCGUCAUUGAUGGCAACCGUUCAUGGUAUUCCUCAAACACAUGCUGGCCACAUUGGUGGUGCUGAAAGUGGGGGUAGUGGCAACACAAAGAAGAAAAACCGACCACCGACGAUUCCGGAUUUGACAAAUUAUGCACAUUUGGAUGAGCCUUAUCGGUGUCUGGGAUGGCUUAAAGAGAAAUUAGCCAAGGCGGGUCUUGAGGACAAGAUAGAACUGAAGGAAGUCUUUGGACUGUAUAUGAGCUUGUUUGGUAACGAGAAGCCGCUAGGAUUGAAGGAAUUCUAUACAGUACUCAAGAUUGCAUUCCCACAACCCAAAGAAGUCGAAAAUGCUGUUGCUAGCGGACAAUUGGAUAGCCUGACGCUGCAGAAUGUCAAAUAUGCUCCUCCAAGACCAGCGGAUGUUUGAAAACGAACAAGACCUACACAAGCAUCUUUUGGUAAUGCAUUUGGUACCAGGAGCCUCAGCAACACCAGCGCAGCCACCAGCUCAACAACCUCAAUCUCAAGCAUCAUCACCAACAACUGCACAGGCUUCAGAAGCAGCACAACCACCAACCCAAGCUCAGGAGCCGGAGCAAACAUCAGCAUCAAC